ACGCACGACACGACAGUCCGCUGAUACGCCGCUUAGGCACUUCUUGAUUGGUGUGGUUGUUCUAUAUCUAAUUAAAAUUUUCCGCUUGUGCUGUGAAUAAAGAAUAGUAUUAUUCAACGUGCGCUCCAGUUUCGCAGUGAAAUUAAUACCAGAAACAUCGAUUUUACCUUCUGUUUCGCUAGUGCUCAUUCAUGAAAAGCGAAGCAACUUUCUGCUUUCGGAGGUGGCGUGACGCUGCGUCGGAUUGAGCGAUAAGCAGCCUGCGACCAAAAUCUGGAUGCUUCUUACAAGCACCUAAUCACAUGAACCAGUAGUCUCAUACCCCAUAGAGGGGUGGUCGUGAUAUUGAUCUUGUGCAUACGAAGAGCACAGAGUGCGCGCGUGUUACGAAACCAUACAUUAGUGUUAAAUCUGGCGGUAGCUCGUCAACACCUGGGAGCGGUAGAAUCUCAGUUCCUGCCAGCGAAGGACGGCGACGAAGACGACGGUGUGAUCGUACUGAAACGCAGGAUGAAGAAGCGGACAUCCCCGCCGUCGACGCUGGAGAACUCUCCGGCGUUGACCAGCCGGAGCAGCAACAUGCCCACCAUCAACGAGUUCAAGUACAUCAACGAGCGACCGGUGGACGACAUUUCGCUGGACUUUUUCUACAAGCCCCACACCAUCACCCUCCUGGCGGUGUCCAUCAUUGCGGUCAUGUACUUUGCCUUCGUACGCGACCAAUCGGACACACAGGAAAACAUAUGGGCCGGUAUGGUGUGCGUCACUUUCUUCUUCAUGAUCGUCUCAGUACUGGCUUUCCCCAAUGGCCCUUUCACGCGGCCCCAUCCGGUGGUCUGGCGAAUGCUGUUCGGCCUUUCCGUACUCUAUUUGCUGUUUUUGGUGUUCCUAAUGUUCCAGAACUACAAGUCCAUCAUGGGCAUAUUCUACUGGUUUGACCCUACGUUACGAAAUUUUAAAAUUGACAUGGACAAGGAAUAUGGUGCUAACUGUUCGGAUCUAUCUUUCGAACGCAUUUGGUCCCACGUGGACGUGUUCGCCUGGGGCCAUUUCUUGGGAUGGGCCUUCAAGGCCGUGCUCAUCAGACACAUGGGCAUUCUGUGGGCCAUUUCGGUGAUGUGGGAAAUCACGGAAAUCUCCUUUGCUCAUCUGCUGCCGAAUUUCGCCGAGUGCUGGUGGGAUGCGUUGAUUCUGGAUGUGCUCGUCUGUAACGGACUCGGCAUUUGGUGUGGGUUGAAAAUCUGCAAACUGUUGGAAAUGAGAGAGUACAGAUGGGCCAGCAUUAGGGACAUCACUUCGACGAAGGGCAAGCUGAAGCGUGUGGUGCUUCAGUUUACGCCGGAAAGUUGGGCGCCGGUGCGUUGGCUGGAUCCGAAAUGCACCUACAUGAGGUUCUUCGCAGUGUGCCAGCUUGUGUUGUUGUGGCAGUUGACGGAGUUGAACACGUUCUUCCUGAAGCACAUCUUCGAGAUGCCACCAUCUCAUCCGGUAGUCAUCGGAAGGUUGAUAUUCGUGGGACUCUUCACGGCGCCCUCGGUCCGGCAGUACUACAUCUACGUCACGGACACCCGAUGCAAACGGCUGGGAACGCAGUGCUGGGUGUACAUUGCCAUCCUAGUGUCGGAAGCUAUUUUGUGUAUCAAGAACGGGCAGGAACUGUUUGAGCGUACACAGGUCAAAAAUAUAGUCUUUUGGCUGUUUGUCCAGGCUGCCGUUUCCGUGCUGUUCAUCUUCGGCUGUAUGUUGUGGCAUAAAUGCGUCGACGGUGACGAAUCGCAAGAGGCGUCUCCUGUGAAACAGCUGAGCCGUGAGUUCAAAGAUUCUGCCAUUGUGUCGGGCGAUUCCAAAGGAAAAUCAUCGGCCAAAAACUCUCCCAAAACCACUCCUAGCAAAAAAGUAAGAUCUCAGCAUAGUAGUGUUAAACAGGAUUAAUUUAAUUGAUUGAUGGGAACGACAAACUCGUGAGAAACGUUGACUGAUUGCGGAACUGGCUUUUUUCAGUUGAUAUUUGCUUUCUCAAAAUGCUUUUUCGCAUUAAUGACUAUUAAAACAACUAUGCGUAGUUUACUUCUGUUUGUUGCGAAUUUUGAUCAUCUUUUAUCUACUUCUUACUACUUAUAACAAAAACCGGGGAUGUUUUUAGUGGAAACCUGUAAAUAUAAACUCGAGUAAGUACCAUGUUCCUACUGAAUUCCAACUACAUAAUGGGUAUGCUUUGACAAGUACAUGCAUUUCGAUCUUAAAUACUUGGACUGCCUUCAGUUUUUCGUAUUUUGGCUUAUAAUGAACUCAAGAAUUUGUAGUUGGAAUUAAAUAGAACAGUACUACUAAAAUAGUUGCAAAACAUCAAGUUUAAUUCUCAUUGAACGUGAAUUAAAAUGUAGACAUAUUUUGUGUGUCGGUACGCAAUUCUGCGGUUAAGUUCUGUUAUUAGUUUUUUUUUUCUUUAAGCAGUUUGCGUAACGUUUAAUUAGCCUGGUCUCUGUUUCUGAGCCAAGUUUAGAAAUAUUUGCAGAAAAAAAAAGAAAAAUCGAUAUGCCUUGUUGAGACAUAAAAUUGAAUGUGAUUGUGUAUGACUUGCUGAUAGGGUUGAGUCUGAAUAGUAUGACACAAGACAAUGAGUUGAACAGUUUAGAAACUCGAACGGAUUAUAUCUGUAUCCAACCCUUGCUUGCGUUGAUGAUAAAAUGACAUAUCAUUUUAUAAGUCCAUAUGAUCGUGCAACAUCGGCAAAUGAAUGCAAUUUCUAUAUUAGUUCACAUUGAUGUCAUACACCAGUGGAGUACAAUGUUGAUAGUAAACAUUAUAUGGAAGACACCGUUCAGAGAUGCUAUUAAGACUAUGCAGUAGAAUAGUAAAAAUAGGUUUGUAAAUCUAGCUUCCUAUAGGUUUCCGGCGCAGUGUAGAUAGUUCAUUUGUGUUUUCAGUGAAAGUUUCUAGUCAUUAAGACUCAAACGAAAGACAUUUGAAUGAUUGUUUUAGAAAUUUCAAUAAAAGAAUUUUUCACCGAG